UGUGGGUGGUGGGGGGCGGGGGACUCAGGGGGGAGAGUCACACUGGACACCUUGUUUGGCGUUUGUUUUUGUUUUAACCUUGUGUCUGCAUGAUCUGUUUCAUGUUUUCAGAAAAUAGCUAAGGCUGGUGAGUGAGCUAGGGUGAAGAAGAGGCAGAGGGGGUGAGUGGAGGAGGGUACUUCAAAAACAGGGAUGGGGUGGGAGGGGCCCCACCAGCCCUGGCUCUGGCCACCGCCCUGGCCCAUUGUGACCUCCCUGGAUGUGCCCAGGCCUUUGUGACAGGCACCCUUGAGGAAGACCUGUGAGCCAUGACACCUAGAGGGCCCUCAAUAAGAGGGUGGCACGUCAGGCCAGGCCAGAGCCUGGACCUGGGGUUUAGAAGGGGUUAUGGAGGGGCCAAAAACCCUGGGUCCCUGUGGCCACUCCCACCCCCGACGCCCCCAACCAUCAGCUUCGAGCAGCCAUGCAGGAUGCUUGGAUCCACCCUGCCAGGGGUUUGUAAGAUGGCCCUGCCUGGUACCUCUCAGCUCCACCCUCUCAAUAGAGUCGGCCAGACCUUUCCCACCUCCGGGGGUAGGAGGCGGGGGGCCCAGGGUAGGGGCUGAGGUACCUGGGAGCUUUAUGGCAAAUGAAGAGGGAGAGAUGCAGCGACAGGGACCGAGAGACCCAACGGGGACAAAACGAGGGCAAGAGGAGGCAAGGCUGGGGUGGGGCUGGCCCCUGCACUCAGGACGAGAGCAAGGGGCCCCCAGGCCAGGGGGAUCCCCCAGCUCAGGGCCCAGACCCGGCCCUUGCCCACCCCUGCCAACAGGGGCAGGGACCCCGGCUUCACCCAGGGCAGCCCCCUCCCAGCUCCAGAACGUGCCCCUGGGUCCUGCAGAGCAGUCCUUCUUCCAGCUGGCGCAGGAAAACCAGAAUCUGAAAAGACAGAACCAGGAUCUGCGAGAGCAGCUGGGGGCCCUCCUGGGGCCAGGGCAGCAGUUUCUGCCCCUAUGCCCGGAGCACUCGAGCUGCACGACCCUGGCCUGGACCCCUGAGCAGACCAGUUCCCAGCCCCUGGAGGACAGGGCACCCUUGCAGCUGCUGCGGCAGGAGCUGUGCCGGGGGGAAGAGUCCUUCGUGCAGCAGUCUCAGAAUGAACUGCAGCAGAUCCGACUGUCCUUUGAGAGGAAGAAGAUGGCCAUUACCGAGGUAUGGGAUGGCGUGGCCGAGGUACAUAUGGCCCUGAACAACCAGGCCACUGGGCUCCUGAACCUUAAGAAGGACAUCCGGGGAGUACUAGACCAGAUGGAGGACAUUCAGCUGGAGAUUCUAGGUUCCACUACACCAGACCGAGAGGUGCUGCAGGCUGGGGUGGGGGACAUACAUGGCCCUGACUGUACAGCCCCCGUCCCCAGGGAGCGUGCCCAGUGCCGCACCCAGGCCAGGAAGGAGCAGCAGAUGGCAUGCAUAGCGAAGGCAAGGCCUCAGCUGGGAUGUUCCGAGGGCCUCAAAAGCCAGCUCUGGCUGCUGGCCCUGAGGCUGCUGCUGGGCACCCUGCUGGCCUGUACCGCUGCCUACGUGUACGUGGUGGACCCCGCGCCCUUCGAGGGGCUGGUGCCUCCCCUGCUGAGCCGUGCCGCUGUCUGGAAGCUCCGGGCCCUGCUGGGCCCGUUCCUGCACCUGGAGGUGGACGACUUCCUGCCCUUCUAGGCCGGAGGCUCAGCGGCCCCAGCGAGGAGGAGGCCAGGCGGCCGGCGCGGCCCCGGGUGCCCAGCGGCCGCGCCGGCCCCUGCCCACGGCACUGCCACGCGCCAUCCCCACCAGGAGCUGCGGAGAAGGGUGGAGGCGGGGUCUGUCCUGAGGGCUGGGCCUGCGGCUGGACAUACAGUCGUGACACACACGG